AUGGACCUCUCAAAACACCUCUUAAUAAAAUCCACUCUCGUACGCCUCCUCUCUUUUCUCGUUUUAAUCUUCGCCGUCCGUUUCGCUUACUAUAUAGCAGUCAAAGGUGGAUCCUGCGUCUCUAAUGACUUCUGCUUCUUUCCCCCGCAAAACCUCGACUCCACCAACCACCACCACCCUGUCACCACCACCGCAGCCGCCACCUCCCGUCGCACCAUCAACCAUUACCUCUCCGUCUUCCAAGACCUCAUUGUCGACGGCUACCUCUCGCCGAACUCAAAAUCUCUCUGUAUCGAAACCAUAACUGGAGAAGAAAUCAUCGCUUUGAAAGAAAUCGGCGUUGCUAAUUCCGUCGGAAUCUCAAAGAAAUCAAAGAAAGUGAAGAAAUAUCCACCGUUGAUUUUAUCAAACUAUUCUCUACCCUUCGAUGAUAAUACUUUUGAUUUCCAGUUCACUAACAAUCUCGACCGGUCGGGUCAACCCGAUGAAUUCGGGUCGGAGCUUUGUCGGACUCUAAAACCGGGCGGGUUUUUAGUGAUCCAUACAAAAUCAAGAGAUUUAUAUAGCUUACAAUCUUUACUUGAUUUGUUUAAUUGCUGUGGAUUAAUCAGAUCACGGGAAAUCAACGGUGUAGAUUCAAUGCUGCUGAUGAUAAUUAGAGAGGUUGUGUUAAUGAAAGCAAGAAAUUUUUCAUGGAGUGGCAAUGUAGGUAGAAACUGCUCAGUUUCCGGGGUAAAAAAGGAGCUAGCGAAAAAUGCUGAGGCUUUGAUCCGUAAAGAACCGAUGAAGCCAUGGAUUACACUGAAGAGAAAUUUGAAGAAUGUUAAGUACUUAAGUGAUAAUGUUGAUAUUAGUUUCAAGAGAAAAUAUGUUUACGUUGAUGUUGGUGCUAGGAGUUAUGGUUCAAGUAUAGGCAGUUGUUUCCGAAAAAGUUAUCCGAAACAGAAUAAGAGCUUCGAAGUUUAUGCGAUUGAAGCUGAUAAGGCGUUUUUCGAGGAAUACAGAUCGAAAAAGGGUGUUACGCUAUUGCCUUACGCAGCAUGGGUGAGGAAUGAGACCUUGUUUUUUGGGAUUAAUAGGGAAGUUAACAAGAAAUUCGUUGAGAAAGGCAGGGGAAUGUGGAGGAUUCAACCGGUGCAAUCUUCGAUGGGUUAUAUGGGAGAUUUUGAUAAGAUUGAGGGGUUUGAUUUCGCAGAGUGGUUGAAAAACUUGGUGGUGGAGAGGGAUUUUGUUGUUGUGAAAAUGGAUGUUGAAGGGACUGAGUUUCAUUUGAUUCCGAGGUUGGUUGAGACGGGUGCGAUUUGUUUGAUUGAUGAGUUGUUUUUGGAGUGUCAUUACAAUCGGUGGCAGAGGUGUUGUCCGGGGCAACGAAGUGUUAAGUAUCGGAAAACUUAUGAUCAAUGCUUGCAGCUUUUUAGUUCCCUUAGAGGAAGUGGAGUUCUUGUGCAUCAGUGGUGGUAA